AUGGUCGAGUUAUAUGUCGCGGACAACUGGAUUUCCAACGACUGUGCUAUCCUAUUUGGGUUCGACCACAUGCAAGCCAAUCUCAUAGGUACUACCUGGGACCGCACCCACCAACCACCAUUGUUCCAACUGCAACUUCUCCGGACCAGCUACCCGGUUAGGUUCCUGGUGCCACGUUUGCCGGAGGUAAUCGCCAACAUCGAUACACCGCGGGUUUUCGGGUCACAGGUAUCCGAGAAGCCACAAGAGUAUAAUCUUAGGAACUUAGAGCGACUUCGUAAGAUACUCAAUAAGUCCCCAGAGGAACUGUAA